AUGUUGGCGACGAUGAAUACACCAUUUAAAGUCCCAUUCUAUGCAACUGAACUACUUUGCCCGCUACCCACCUUUACUGAGAUCGAGAAUGCCCCGGACAUAUGCAUGAUAUCUGGAGGGCGAAGAAUAGUCGGAGUGGGCCAGUAUUUUGGUGUGAAAUUUGGGCCAGGUGUCAAUCUCAUUGAAGGAGAAAAUAUGUUGUUUGUUCGGGAAAAUAUAAAUAUCCCUGUCCCGCGCAUCUUCGCCCUCUAUUCAGAUCCAGAGACCGGGAAAAAUUUCAUUGUCAUGGAGCGUAUUAUCGGUCAAACGCUUCUUUCAGCAUGGCCACAUCUUACAACGUCUGAGAAAGAAGAAAUACUAAAAGAUCUGCGAAGAUACUUCGACGACUUACGCAAGCUUCCAUCCCCAGAUUACCUUGGCAGUUUCGGCAAAAGACAACUUCUGGAUGGAAUUUUUUGGAAAUUUGAGCCAGAUUUAUUGGUGAAUGGCCCUUCUGACUCUGAAGACGGUUUAAAUGAAGGAAAGUUGCGAAAGUACAUCGGUAACGGAGGCUCACUUCACAGAGCGGAAUAUCUUCGAAGACACGUUCCUUUUAUUUUUCAGGGCUCUAAACCGACAUUCACGCACGGUGAUUUGCAGAAGAAAAAUAUCAUUCAUUGCGAGAAAAUCCAUCAAGAAGGAGUACGCCUCGUGAUAAUUGAUUGGGAAACAUCUGGAUAG